AAUCAAGACUUUCGCAUCUUGCCCAACACUGACAUAGAUAGCGCCAAGUGGACAAGCCAUGUCGGCCGACUUUGAUCGGAUCGAUCAAGCUGCCCUGUUACAGCAGUAUGGCUUGACGAGCCUAAAUCCCAGCAGAUGGGAGGACGUACAGGGUGAAGAGACGGCCGAGCUGGGGCUCGAUGGGGACGGGUUGGCAGGGUCUUCGAAGGAGAUGGAUGAUCCGCUUGGAUUGAGGAACAAGCUCGCAAUCCCGAGGGAUAUGGAUAUACAUGAGGUCACGCCGACAUUACUCUCCUCCAAGACCUUCUCCCCAUCGGCUUUUCUAUCGCUCCACCACCCCGAUGCAUCGUUCCAGGAUCUUCACUAUGGAGUGGAACAUCUCCGGAGAAACGUCGAAUCCAAGGGCGAAGAGGUCAGGAUCCUCGUAGAGAGGGAGUUUGGCAGGUUUGUCGGGGUCAAGGGGAGCAACGACGCCGUAUACCGGGAUAUGCAGCUGGAUAUGUUGGCGGACGGAACGGACCACGGGACAAGAGAGACACGAGAGAUUAUCAAGAUCACAUCUCAUAAAGCCGAGACGAUCUUUCUACCGCUACUCUCCAAUGCUUUGAAGGCACAGAAGCUGAAAUCUACAGCAGGAGUUUUUGAGCAGAGCAAGUUUCUAUUCGGAUUGCCGAGGAAUCUGAGGAUGUAUAUGCGAGCGGGUAAAUAUGACGCUGUCCUGCGUGACUACAACAAGGGCCUUUAUCUACGAGAUACCCGACCGAAUCAGUUGUUGCCAAUCGGCAGUACUGCCGGUGAGGCCAAUCCAGCUGUCGACAAGGCCGAUGGGUCUGCCCUGUCCGAAAUCCAGGUACAGGCGAGACGAGAGCAGCAGAAACGCGUGUUCGACAAGAUCUGGAGCGAGGUGGAAAAGAUCAUGGAUGAGAUGAGGAUGAGGUUGGAGAGUGGUCUGAGAAAUUCCAAUGGCAAGAAUGUGGAGGAUAUUGAGAAGAAUAUCGAGAUCCUCCUCGAGCUCAAGCCCAAGGAGGACCCAGUAUGGGUUUACCUUGAUUCGUGUCAUUACCAGAUCAUGGACAAACUCAAGAUCGUUUACGCCAACCAAAUGAAGAAUGUCGAAACUGUUCGACAGGAAGUUGUGCGGAAGAACUUUGACGAGUAUCAGGGUGCGAACAACCUUCGGCGAUGUGUUGCCAGAUUGACUAGACAACAGGGUGACGCUUUCAUCUCCAAAUCUGCGGGACACGAAGAAUGGCAGGCAAUAACUCAUUUGGUCAACAGGCUAUCCACUGUUCUCAUGGACCGCUUGCCCGAUUUCUGGCGCAUCGCCAAAGGCCAUAUGGAGGGCAAAUAUACAAAGCAUAAAGGCCAGAGUCGUAGACAACUCGGACAGGCUCGAACAAUGACCAUCGAAAUUAUCAAGCUCUACGUCUCAUGCAUCAGCCAAUUUUUCACCCUCUCAGAUGUUGCAAUCGCAUCAUCGCCCAACAAUCCCACAGCCAGCGAACCUCCAGACUUUUUGCCCCAGCAUUCUAAUUCGAUCACAACUUGUCAUUUUGCGUCCCGCGUGCUAGCCGAAAUCGUCGAGACGGCAAGCGAGCUUGAGGGUAUCGGUGGAACAUUGGAUGGUGAACGGGCCGGCAGCCAGAUGGAGGUUCGCAAUGUUCUCAAAAAUUUCGUUGAGAGCUGCCGGUGGAGAUUCGAGGAAGCUAUCUGCACAACAUGGUCGAAAGAUGCAAAGUCUUUCUUCCACCUUGAGGGAUGGAAUUUGAGUGCGACAGAUUCGUCGACCACAACAUAUCUGGAGUGUAUAGCUGCUAUGCAGAGACAUAAUGCAACCGUAGCAUGGCAGAUAGCUGGAGGAUCCAUAGAAGCUGGCGCGUCAAAGGGCACGGUACCCCAGGUCUUCAUCACCAAGAUCAAGAAUGCGUUCUUCGACUCGCUAUACUACCUCCUGGAUGGGCUGGUGCACCUCGCCUUUUCGGAUGACGAACCACUACUGGUAUCCGAAUUUGAUCCGGAAGGCGGGGCUUCACGGCAUAACGACAAAGACGCACGGGUACUGCUGACUAUCAGCAACCUAAGCCAUCUCAAAACGAUAAUGCUGCCUUCCUUUAUGACCAAAUUUGAGAACAUGUAUGGAACAUCAACAAGUGCCGAUCGGGAGACGCUGGACGAAGUCGUUGAGCAGCUGGACAAGAUUCUGUUCGACGACUUUAUCAAGCGCAAGGCCGAAAGGCUCCUCGAUAUAACGCAGAAAGGAUUGAUCCAGAGUGGAACCGCAUGGGCUGAAGGGCCGAAACCUACAGAGGUUCGCCCUUACCUAUUGAACAACCUGCUAUCCCUGGUCCAUGUUCAUUCACAGGUCAACGGUAUAACACCUGGUCUCGUCGAGAGAGUCCUUCGAGCGCUUCUGUUUGAGCUUGGAACGAUCUUGCUGGAGUGCUUGAGGCAGAUACCAAGACUGGGAAUGGGUGGAAUGUUGCGGGCCACUCUCGAGGUGGAGCUUCUUCACCAGACAUUGAUGCAAUACGUCACGGAUCAAGCUACAGUUGUGCUCAAUAACAUUUACGAGGCCAUAUCUCAGGCGUACUCACGUAAAUCGAGCGAGGAUGAAUUGGAGCAAGAGCUGGAGAAUCUCAAGAAAGUUCUAUAUGAUUGUCGCAGAGCGACCGGAGUCGAGUUUGUUUGUUUCAAGCCGACCAAACUGUAGUCAUGUUACGUAUGCCUACUACCCAGGGAAUACAAGCUGCAUUUGCUGUGGCCGCCCAAUCUUCGGUGGAA